AUGCCCUUCCGCCAGAGGAUCGAGACGUUGGCAAGGGAACGCCAGAAGGAGUUGCUGCAGGAGUUGGCAGCACAGAACAUGUGCUUUGACCAGACGUCCAUGGCGGCACUCAAGCAAAUGCCCUGCUCAGAGGGAGUGAAGUUGCUCGAGGAGGCCGUGGGCAAAGACAGGCUGUCGAACCCGUCGGCUUGGCUCACCAAGGCCGCGCGCAACUUCAUGAUAGCCUUCAGACAGACGAAGGCCGCAGGUGCACAAGAGGGAGGCGGCGGCGCCGAUGCUUUUCCCAAGGGCGCGGCCCCGAGCUUCCUCAGCAAGGCCCAGUCUCCGGCGCCGCUCGAGCCGAAGUCGGCCCCGUGGCCGAAGCCCCCUCCGAAGGCCGCGCCAGAGCCUCCCCCGCAGCCGCCCGCGCCGGCGCCGCCCCGGCCCCCGGCGGCGGCCGCCCCGCUGUUGGUCCCCAAGGCCGCCCAGGCGGGCCCUCCGCAGAGGGCGCCGCUGGUGCCCCGUGCCAGGGCAGCCCUGCAGGCGAAGCAGCCGGAGGCCACCCCGCCGGCGGAGCCGGCGCGGGCCGCCUCCCGGCGGCCUCCUCCGCCGCCGCCGCCGCCUCCCAGGCGCGCCGUGGGGGCCCCGGAGACUUCUUCCGAGGUUGCCGGUCUCGCUGUGCCCGGGCUGGCUGCCCCCCUCGCCGCCGCCACUGCGCCCAUGGCGACCACACAUGUCAGGGCGCCCGCACCACCAGCCCUGGCGCCGCUGGCGCCAGCGAUGGCCCUGCCUGCGCCAGCGAUGGCCCUGCCUCCGCAGACGGCGCCAGGGGCGGCGCCGGCGGGCCCGUGGUGGAGCUCUCCGGCCGUUGGCCUGCAGCAGCCCGGGCUGCCCGAGGUCCCGCACCAGCUCGAGAAUGCUGGGAUACCGGCAGGAUCCGUCUCUGGGUGGGAGGCGCUGGAGGCCGCGACCGCCAAAAGUGUUUGCGUGUGUACUGUCUCCGCCACGUCGCUGCGCGCGAGGACCUACGGGCGCCAUUGGUUUGCCGGCGAGCGAAACGGGCGCAAAUGCCCGGAGGCAGCAAUCAACGAGAACAUUGCGUCUUCGAGCGGUGAUGGCGCAAUCGCGGUUCAGAUGCGCAGUGGUUGGGGCUUCUCUUUUCAGAUUAUGGGCGCGCGACAGGCGCGCGACGCCGCGAACGCGUUCGGCUCGAUCAAGACGGCCAAGCUGAAGCAGAAAGUGAUGAGGCAGCUGGGCGAGAGGCGUAUCGCGACCACGUUUGACAGCGCUCAGUGGGCGCGCGUUGCACUUGUUGGCGAGGCGGGCAACAUUUGGUUGAUGAAGGAGGGCUGCGCGCCAGGAUGCCCGAUCAUGGUGCUUCUCUUCGCGCUGGCGCGCGCGAGAGGGAUCGAGAGCCGCGCCCUGAUAGAGCGACCGCUGAUCGAGGUAGCGCCGCCGUGGGCAGGGCAUCAGGAGCAGGCGACAGUCGCGCUGCCCUUCGGCAACGGUCAGGGGGCGGAAAUGCAGUGCCAGGGGCAGAACGGCGCCAUCGAAGACUUGCCCAUGUGCGUGGGUUUGGGCCCAAACUCGGGGAUGCAGGAGGCCGCAGUCGCAGCGAUGUUUUCGAUGGCGGUGGAUGCGAGCUACAUGUUUCAGUACAGCGAGUGCGGCGCGGAGUUCAACGGGCAGUCGGAAAUUUCGGUCUUCGAACGAUUCGCGGUUGACGACGUCGCGGCAGGCGGCGGAUCGAUCGGGUCGACGAUUAACUUGCAGGCGACGGUGAAGUUGGCGUCAGUCGGCGUCAGCCAGCGCCUUGGUCAAAGCUUGGGUCAGGAGGCCACAGUGACUGCGGCGUCUGAUGGCUGGCCGCGCGCGGGACAGGCGCCCGGCCGCUUGGACAGCAUGGCCCGUCGUGACAUUCGGCACCGCGCCUUGAUCUACUCUCGCGGGAGUUCGAGGGCCACGUCGUGGAUGAUUGGCGAGCCCCUUGAGUCAGCGGAGGCCGCCAAGCCCAAUUAA